AUGCGAAGUUUACCUUUUUGCGGCCACAGAGAAAAGCUCGGUAGUGGAAAAGGAGAAAACGGCAAUUUUAUUUGUUUUAUUGAGUUACUUGCAAAAUACGACCCAGUACUAGAAAAAGUUAUUAAUCAAGAAAAAGAUGAAUACGGAAAUCCAAAAAAUGUAUGUGUUAAGGAAACUUUUUUAGCAUUUCAUGAAGUUGUUAAUCAAUUUGCCUCUUCUCUUUCUGAACUAAUAUUACAGAAUAUUGAAAAAAAGGGAUUGUCUAUCGCCAAGUGUCGUGGUCAGAGCUAUGACGGGGCUGCCAAUAUGAGUGGUAUGUAUAAUGGCCUACAAAAAAGAAUUAAAGACAUUGAGCCAAGCGCAGCUUAUGUCCAUUGCUCUGCUCAUAAUUUAAAUUUAGUUGUCAAUGAUGCUGUGAAAGAAAUAACAGAAAUGGAAAUCUUUUUUGAUGUUGUUCAACGAGUUUUUGUUUUUUUUGGACAUAGUAUAGUAAGAUGGCGUAUAUUAUCAGAUUUAAUUAAGGAAUCGAACAGUCAAAAUGGAUUAUUAAUAAAAAAACUUAAUCCCACAAGAUGGGCUGGUCGUUAUGAAGCAGUUUUUGCGCUUAAAAUUAGAUUUGUUGAAAUUCAAAAAGCUUUAACAAAAGUUAUACUUUGCAGCUCUAAUAAAAUUUUAGCUGUAAGAUCAACUCUUAAAAAUCAAAUAAGUCAACUUAAUUCAACUAGAGAUCUUGCUCAACUUUUAAUGGUGAAAAAUCAUUCUUUAACAGCCAGUUUCCUAGAAGUAUGUACUGCUCUUUUAUUAUUUUUGACAAUUCCUGUUACAUCUGCAAGCGCGGAACGGUCAUUUUCGAAACUAAAUAUUAUUAAAGGAUACUUAAGGAGUACAAUGAUGCAAGAUCGUUUAAGUGGCCUGGCAUUAAUUUCAAUCGAACAAGAAACAGCCCGAGAAGUUGACUUUGAAAAUUUAAUCGAUAUGUUUGCCGAAGCAAAAGCAAGAAAGAAGAAAUUUUGA